CCCAUCCAUCCCAUCCACCGCAUCGCUGCCCUUUCUCCAACAAUCCACCCGCGACGCCGUCUUCCCGAGUCUCGACAACUUUUUGCUUUCCACUUCUUUCUACCACCACCACUACUACUACAUACUCCUUCUUAAUACACACCAAACCCAUCCAAAAUGCGUGAAAUCAUCAGCUUGAACGUCGGCCAGGCCGGUUGCCAGAUCGCCAACUCCUGCUGGGAGCUUUACUGCCUUGAGCACGGCAUUCAGCCCGAUGGUUACCUCACCGAGGAGCGCAAGGCCGCUGACCCCGACCAUGGCUUCAGCACUUUCUUCUCCGAGACCGGCAACGGGAAAUACGUUCCUCGCACCAUCUACGCCGAUCUCGAGCCCAACGUCAUUGACGAGGUCCGCACCGGCGCCUACCGCGGUCUCUUCCACCCCGAGCACAUGAUCAGCGGCAAGGAGGAUGCCUCCAACAACUACGCUCGUGGUCACUACACCGUCGGCAAGGAGCUGAUUGACCAGGUCCUCGACAAGGUCCGCCGCGUUGCCGACAACUGCAGCGGUCUCCAGGGUUUCCUCGUUUUCCACUCGUUCGGUGGUGGCACUGGUUCCGGUUUCGGUGCUCUCCUCAUGGAGCGCCUCUCGGUCGACUAUGGCAAGAAGUCCAAGCUCGAGUUCUGCGUCUACCCUGCUCCCCAGACUGCCACCUCGGUCGUUGAGCCUUACAACUCGAUCCUCACCACCCACACCACCCUCGAGCACGCUGACUGCUCCUUCAUGGUGGACAACGAGGCCAUCUACGACAUCUGCCGCCGCAACCUUGGCCUCGAGCGCCCCAACUACGAGAACCUUAACCGCCUGAUCGCUCAGGUCGUCUCUUCCAUUACCGCUUCGCUCCGCUUUGACGGCUCCCUCAACGUCGAUCUCAACGAGUUCCAGACCAACUUGGUCCCCUACCCCCGUAUCCACUUCCCUCUGGUCGCCUACGCUCCCGUCAUCUCGGCUGCCAAGGCCGCCCACGAGGCCAACUCGGUCCAGGAGAUGACCAUGUCCUGCUUCGAGCCCAACAACCAGAUGGUCAAGUGCGACCCCCGCCACGGCAAGUACAUGGCCACUUGCUUGCUCUACCGCGGUGACGUUGUCCCCAACGACGCCCACGCUGCCGUCGCUACCCUCAAGACCAAGCGCACCAUUCAGUUCGUCGACUGGUGCCCUACUGGUUUCAAGCUUGGUAUUUGCUACCAGCCUCCUCACCAGGUCCCCAACGGCGAUCUGGCCAAGGUUAACCGUGCUGUCUGCAUGCUUUCCAACACCACCGCCAUUGCCGAGGCCUGGUCUGCUCUUUCGUCCAAGUUCGAUCUCAUGUACUCCAAGCGUGCCUUCGUCCACUGGUACGUUGGUGAGGGUAUGGAGGAAGGCGAGUUCUCCGAGGCCCGUGAGGAUCUUGCGGCCCUUGAGCGCGAUUACGAGGAGGUUGCUGCCGACUCGAUGGAGGGCGAGGAUGUCGAGGCCGAGUACUAAGUGCAAGUACAAGUACAGCAACACAGUGUACGGAAUUUGUUGCUUGUGAAAGGAUAAUUGUUGGUACGAGGAUGUUGAUGGAAUCAGAGGGAAGAGAUAUACAAAGUACAAGUGGUGGGAAACCAGAGCCCGCCCGACGUCAGAAAGAAUACCCACGGAGUCCCUUGAUUGUGGCUUCCUGUUAGUUGUUUGAAUGGGUGCGCAUCAGGUGGUUUGCUAGU